CUACCGACGCAUCCAAAUAUCAAGAUGGCUUUCACACCUGCGCAACACUGGUGCCAAAGUGACGUACAAAAUAUUAAUCAGGUACUAUGGGGAAGCUGGGCCGUGAUUGGUCCAAAACACCGCUUCUUCUUUGCCGGCGAUACGGGAUACUGUGAUGUGUUUAAGUCGAUCGGUGAGGAGUAUGGUCCGUUUGACGUCGCAACGAUACCCAUAGGAAAUGAACAAUUGGUACAUGUGUCCCCAGCACGUCAAUCCAGAAGAAGCUGUAAAUAUCCACAUGGAUAUCAAAGCAAAGCAGUCGGUCGCAAUCCUCUGGGGUACCUUUAAUUUGAGCAACGAGGAGUACGACCAGCCGGUGAAUGACUUGCACGCGGCUCGCGCUAAACUGGCCGACGCGACGUCGUUCAUCGAGUUGAAACACGGAGAGACGAAAACUUUCCCGUCCGGAGCAUCGGUAAGGAAUCCGGACCUUCUCCUCACCGCGCGUACGCCGACAGAAGACGCAGAUGAGAGGAAUCCCCGACGAAUGGCGUCCCCUCUGAAGCGUUAACGAGCGAUUUGUUAGCGUCUCCUCUCUGAAGCGUUAACGAGCGAAUCGUUAGCGUCCCCUCUCUGAAGCGUUAACGAGCGAAUCGUUAGCGUCCCCUCUCUGAAGCGUUAGUUCGUUAACGAGCGAAUCGUUAGCGUCCCCUCUCUGAAGAGUUAGUUCGUUAACGAGCGAAUCGUUAGCGUCCCCUCUCUAAAGAGUUAGUUUGUUAACGAGCGAAUCGUUAGCGUCCCCUCUCUGAAGAGUUAGUUCGUUAACGAGCGAAUCGUCUAUUCCGCUCUGUGAAGCCUUAACGAGUGAAUCGUCUAUUCCGCUCUGUGAAGGUUUAACGAGCGAAUCAUCUAUUCCGCUCUGUGAAGCCUUAACGAGCGAAUCGUCUAUUCCGCUCUGUGAAGGUUUAACGAGCGAAUCAUCUAUUCCGCUCUGUGAAGCCUUAACGAGCGAAUCGUCUAUUCCGCUCUGUGAAGCCUUAACGAGCGAAUCGUCUAUUCCGCUCUGUGAAGGUUUAACGAGCGAAUCGUCUAUUCCGCUCUGUGAAGCCAUAACGAGCUAAUCCCGUCCCC